AUGAAGCCACACUACUGCUUGUUCACUUUGGUGGUGUAUGCUUUUAUUCCUACUGCAUUUUUCCUGAAUGAUGUAGAAUACAACAGAACAAUAGCAGUAGAAGCAAAUCACACUACUUACAAUGGCUCCUUUCACCCAACUUUUGAAACCUUAUCUAAUACCCACACAAGUGGUAAUUUCGUCAUAGCCAAAGAGGGGACCAGUGUUUUGAUUCAGUGUCUUCUCACCACCAGCCAUUAUGAAGACAUUCUUUGGUACAAUUCCAAAGGGCCAUUGCCUGAUCAAGAAAGAGGAGGUGGAAAAUGGUUGAUCUUCAGAAACUACCUGAAUAUCACCAAUGUAACCUUUGAUGACCGUGGUCUCUAUACCUGUCUAAUCACUUCUCCAGUCUAUUACUCUUAUUCUGUCACCCUAAGAGUUAUCUUCACUUCGGGAGAUAUGAGCAUCUACUACAUGAUUGUAUGCCUGAUUGCCUUCACAAUAACUCUCAUCUUGAAUAUUACACGACUGUGCAUGAUGAGUAGCCACCUUCGAAAGACUGAGAAAGCCAUCAAUGAAUUCUUUAGGACAGAAGGCGCAGAGAAGCUUCAGAAGGCCUUUGAGAUUGCCAAACGGAUUCCCAUCAUUACUUCAGCCAAGACCCUAGAACUGGCCAAAGUUACACAGUUUAAGACCAUGGAGUUUGCCCGAUAUAUAGAGGAACUGGCAAGAAGCGUUCCUCUCCCACCUCUCAUUCUUAAUUGUAGGGCAUUUGUAGAGGAGAUGUUUGAAGCAGUGAGGGUGGAUGAUCCUGAUGACAUGGGAGAAAGAAUCAAAGAAAGACCAGCAUUAAGCGCCCAAGAUGGUAUCUAUGUCAUCACUUCAGAUAUUGGGCGUAGUAAUUCCCCAGAAGGAGAUUCAGAGGAUGGCUCUCUGAAUGAGCAGGGCCAGGAGAUAGCAGUUCAAGUUUCUGUUCAUCUUCAGUCGGAAACUCAAAGCAUUGGUACAGCUUCUCAAAACAGCUGUCAUUCCAAUGCAUCUGAAGAUUUAGGAUCUCCUGAACUCAACUCUAACUGCAAAGAUGGAGCAUCUGAAAGUUAA